AUGAGUGAUAAUGAAGAUGAUGAUAUGUUUGGAGAUGACUUGGUCGAACAAAGUCAGCCAAUGAGUAGAUUGACAAAGGAAAGAGAAAGGAGUGACAGGAGUGAUGGAAGUGAUAAUGAUGAUCGUCGUAAAUCAAAGAAAGACAAUGAUGAUAAUGAUGAAGAUAAUGAUAAAGAGCAAAGGGAUGGUGAUGAGGAAGAGGAUGAAGAGGAUGAUAUAGGUACAACAAUCAAACAUAGUAGUAGCAGUAGUAAGAGGAAGAAUGGACAUCAUCAUCGAUCAAAAGAAGAGAGACGUAAAGAGAGGAAAGAGAAGAGGAGAAAGAGAAGACAUGAGGCUGAGGCACGUGCUAAUGAUGAAGAAGGCAAUGACGAAGAUCAAGACAAUGAACAAGAACAAGAUGAUGAUGAGCACGAUCACUCGGCAAUGUCAAAUGAUGAUGAGAAUGCCAGCAAUGAUGAGCAUCAUGGAUCUGGUCGAUCACACAAAGAUAGACACUCAACCAAAGAUGCCAACAGCACAGACUACGAGGUCACCGGUGAACAAGAAGAGGAGGAAGAAGAGAAAGAGGUCAUCAAGCCUCCAAUCAAUCUGACGCAUAUCAACAGAGACCCCCUGCCAUCAGCAAAGUUGAUGAAGCUUAAAGUGCUCAAUAUCUUGGGCAUUCAAACAAAGCCAUUUGAUGCUGAGACAUUCGAGGAGGAUGAGGGUCCUGCAGAGGAUGGCAAGAAAAGAGCUAAUGUGGAGUCGGUCAUACGUUGGCGAUGGGCAGUUGGCGAGGGCGGUAUGAACAAGAAGGAGUCAAACACAAGAUAUGUAAAGUGGUCGGAUGGCUCAUCACAUCUGUUCAUCGGCAAUGAGGUGUUGGAGAUCACAGAGAACGAGCUGGGCGGUGAGCACAUCUACGUCUACUCGACACAGGACAGCUUCAUUGAGUGCGAGGGCAAGAUCGACUCGCGUGUCAACAUCCGACCAACCGACAUCUCAAGCAGAGCGCACAGACGUCUCACCGAGACCCUCAUGAACAAGACCAAGAAGGCCAGCAAGAUCAAGUCACAUCACAACACCUCUGGCAUUGAUCCAGAGAAGGAGAAGGAGGCAAGAGAGAAGAUCGAGGAAGAGAUCAUCAGGAAUAGGGCCAAAGAGGAACAGGUCAAGAGGAAUGAGGCCGAGAAGUAUGGACUGGAUCCAGAAUACCUUGAGAGCUAUGACGACGAUCAAUACAACAACAAUGAUGAUGAUGGAUAUGGAGGCUCGGGCGAUGAAGAAGGCGAUUCACUUGGCGAUGAUGAUGAGGAUGACCUGGGCGACUUUAUCGAGCGCGAUGACAGGAGUUCAAGGAGAUCAUCUUCAUCUCACUCGCACCGUGACCGUGAUCGCGAAGAUCGUGAGCGUGCAGGCAAACUGCAGAGCAUCAAGCACUCAUCUUCCUCCAAACAAAGCAGCAGCAGUCGAGCCAUAUUCGAUGACGACGAUGAUUAUGAAGAGGAGGAUGAGCAUGUCCGAGGCAGGUCAAGUCACCAGAGAUCACUCAACGACGACGAUGAUUAG